AUGUCUCUCUUUAAUAUCCUUGACCCCAUUCAGAUUGAGCACCUAUCCCGAUCUGCUGCCAUCAAUUCUACUUCCGUGGAAGUUCAGACUCUGCCCCACGACUACCGUGAAAUAUCCAGAUACCUCGGAGGGUUACCGGCUAUGCCAUCUCCACUCCCUGGCUCAAGUCCUGAGAACCCGAUUGACGUUGAUACUCCCGGGGACGAAGCGAGCGACACCGUCUCCUGUCAUGAUUUGCACCACCCCGGUGACAGUGUUGAGAACCCAGUUGAUGUCGAUGCGGUCCCUGUGGUGACAAGCGAUGCAACCGGGAUCAUUGAAAGGUCAUCGCCGAGCCCGACCUCGACCGGGUAUAUGUCGGAUGACCGGCCCCUGAAAGGACAGUACGUGUGCAAGAUAUGCUAUGAUAACGCGGUUGAUCUGGUACUAGGCUGUGGCCACGCGUAUUGCUAUGGUUGCUUUAGCAAAUUCUUCCAUGACUCCGUUCUUGAGAGAGUGGAAGGAUGCCGAAAGCUGGCUUACGAGUAUCUUUUCACCCAACUAUGCCAGCCGUGUUGCCCUUACUGCAAGAAGGUGCUCCCCGGGCGGUACAAUGAUCUCGAGGAUCGUGAUCAUCUUAACGACGUCUAUGUCCCUCUGCAAUGCCCAGAUUUGGAGAUCAAUUGCUUCAUCAAUGACUACAUGGUACAGGGUAUCAGGUUGAAAAUGCUGUAA